ACAUUAUCCUACUCCUCCUCGCCGACCCUCUUCUUCCCUAUUCUUUCCCCUCGAACACGAUCCGCUCGAUCUCUCGUAAUUGAGACGACCACCGUCGCCGAAGCUCAAACUUCAGAGGAGGCUCGUUCGGAGUCUGUUGCUCGCCGCCUAAUCCUGCUUCGUCAUGCGAAGAGUUCAUGGGAUGAUCGUUCAUUGCGAGAUCAUGAUCGCCCUUUGAGUAAAGCGGGACAAGCUGAUGCUAUUGCAGUUUCACACAAGCUCCAGCAGUUGGGUUGGAUUCCUGAGCUUAUUUUGUCCAGUGAUGCAGUGCGAACAAAGGAAACACUUAAAACUAUGCAAGAGCAAGUGAGAGGAUUUUUGGAAGCUGAGGUACAUUUCAUUUCGAGCUUUUAUUCAAUUGCAGCAAUGGAUGGACAGACAGCUGAGCACCUUCAACAUGCCAUCUGUAAAUUUUCAAGGGACGAGAUACUUACAGUUAUGUGUAUGGGACAUAACAGAGGAUGGGAGGAGGCAGCCUCAAUGUUCUCAGGCACCUCCAUAGAGCUGAAGACCUGCAUGGGCCACCAGUUGAGUUCAUGGCUGCUGCUGCUGCUGAGUACUGAAAGAGGUGGUGUGGGUACUGCACACCAUACCCUUGCCCAGCUGCCGCUGUCGUGUAGUUGGUGGCAGCUCCUCCUCCUCCUUCACCUGUUCCAUUAGUCCCUUCUCCGAAAUUCAGAUAUGGGUAGAACGCAGCUGCCGCUGCUGCCGCUGCUGCCGCUGUCAUCAUCCCACCAGCACCAGCGCCGUAAAUGGGAUACUGAGAGGCAGUUGCGAGACUGGUAUUGACGAAAUGGGUUUCAAAAAAGGAAGUGAAAUUGGGGCUUUUGGGGAGUGAUGAGUUGUUCUGUCAAAGAGUGUGGCGAAGUGUUUGUGGAUCAAUAUGUGACGCUUCGGCGAAUUCCGAAUCAAACAGCGGGAGAGAAGGUAUGUGUUUGUGAUAUGUGUUGAAAAACUCCCGCGGGCAGCGAGGGCAGCGAAGGCAAGGUUGCCGGCCGGC